AUGGUUUUGGUUGUUGCCCUGGGAAAGGCGCAUCCCUGUCCCGGGAAACGCGCCGUCCGGGUUACGCUGCGGCUCCGCUCUCCACCAGAAUUCGCUUUAUGCGGUAAUCUCUACAGCAGGCACAUCCAGGUGGAUGGAGAGAUGUUGGCUAUUCAAGUGCAAGAUACUCCAGGAGUUCAGAUCCACGAACACAGUCUGGAUUGUAAUGAGCAGCUGAACAGAUGCAUUCGCUGGGCAGACGCCCUGGUGAUUGUCUUCUCCAUCACAGACUAUAAGAGCUAUGAACUACUCAGUCACCUUUACCAUCACGUUCGACAGUUGCACCCAGGAAACGCGGUCCCUGUUGUCAUCAUAGCCAACAAAGCCGAUCUCUUGCAUGUCAAAGAGGUGGAGCCUCAGCAUGGACUUCAGCUGGCCAACAUGCUGGGCUGUACUUUCUACGAAGUGUCUGUCAGUGAAAACUAUAACGAUGUCUUCAAUGCCUUCCACCUCCUCUGUAAAGAAGUCAGUAAACAGCAAACCACCAGCACCCCCGAGAGAAGGCGAACCUCCCUUAUCCCACGGCCAAAAUCGCCCAACAUGCAGGAUCUCAAGAGGAGGUUUAAGCAAGCUUUGUCUGCCAAAGUGAGGACUGUCACUUCUGUUUGA